AGGAGAAUCCAACGCAGUGGAAUUGGGAUCGGCUCAUGCCUACUUGAUGACCGCUCACGAAUGCGAUAUAUACUCGUCGGACAACGACGGCGAUCCAUAUACGUAUCCUUUCGCCUCAGACAAAAACAAGUCGAAAUCGUGUGCGAGCAAGCUCUGAACAUGGCGGCGAGCGGCCGGAGCAGGGAGGAGAGGUGGAGCCUCGCCGGCAAGACGGCGCUCGUCACCGGAGGAAGCAAGGGCAUCGGGCGCGCGAUCGUGGAGGAGCUCGCGGGGUUCGGGGUGCGUGUGCACACCUGCGCCCGCGGCGAUGCCGAGCUGCAGGAGUGCUUGCGCCGGUGGGGCGCCGACGGCCGCCUCGCGCGCGUCACGGCGACCGCCUGCGACGUCGCGGCGCGCGGCGACCGGGAGCGGCUCGUGGCCGCGGCGCGGGAGGAGCUGGGCGGCCGGCUGGACAUCCUCGUCAACAACGCCGGGCAGACCAUGUUCCGCGCCGCCACGGAGACGACGGCGGAGGACUACGCGCGCCUCAUGGCCACCAACCUCGAGUCCUGCUUCCACCUCGCGCAGCUCGCGCAUCCGCUCCUCGUCGCGGCCGCCGCGGCGUCGCCGGGCGGCGAAGCGAGCAGCGUCGUCAACGUGUCCUCCAUCGGCGGGCUCGUCUCCUACCCGGCGCUGUCCGUGUACUCGGCCACCAAGGCCGCCAUGAACCAGCUCACCCGGAGCCUCGCCGUCGAGUGGGCGCAGGACAAGGUGCGCGUCAACUGCGUCGCGCCGGGGGGCGUCCGCACCGACAUCGUCGCCAGCAGCGGACUGAAGCUGGACCCGGAGGUGGAGCGGAAGAUGUGGGAGGCGGAGAUGGCGCGGGUCCCCAUGCGCCGCAUCGGCGAGCCGGAGGAGAUCGCGUCGCUCGUCGCUUUCCUCUGCAUGCCGGCCGCGUCCUACAUCACCGGGCAGGUCAUCUGCGCCGACGGUGGCCGCACCAUAGCCGCCUAGGCCUUGGUAGCACUGGCAGUAGCUGCGUCGACGGCGCUUGAAUUGGCUCGCUUGAUUAGACUGUUUGUGUCCUUUCAGUUUCUUCAGUAUUUCGGUUUUUAUAUUUUUUAAACUUCUUAGCGUUUUGAUGAAAUUAAACUCGUUGUAUACUACAUAAACUAGUACAGUGCUCGGGCUAAUCUUAUGAUUCAAUAUGGCGAUAUUUAUAGUUUAACAAAUUUUACCAAC